AUGACAAAGAGAAUGGACAGCCGCUUCAAACCGAAAGUCAAAAUUGGAAGUUACAAAGAUGAAGAUAUUGAAGUUAAAGUUCGCAAAGGCUACAAGUGGGUUGAUCAGCUUCCAAAUUUCUGGCUAAAGGAUCGACCAUGGCAUGUUGGUUUCACCGGAACGUCUUGCCCAAAAACCGACUUUUUGGUUCUCAUCGAAACUGCCCCUAAGAAUCUCGCCUACCGUAUCGUUCUUCGACAAUAUUUCAAAGAACUCAAAGAACAGGGGAUUAAAUUUGAGCACAGAUUCAUUUUCGGAAGAGCAAAUGAUGAUAUCAACGUUGAAUUGAGAAACAACGAUGAUGUUGUUUUUGGCGAAUUUACCGACAGCUAUGCAAAUCUUCCGCUGAAAACAAAAGUUGCUUACGAAUAUCUUCAAUCUUGCCCCUCGACCCCCAAAUUUUUCCUCGUCCACGACGAUGAUACUUGGAUAAAUCUUCCGCUCAUGGCUAAACGAAUGAGCGAAAAAGACGGAGACAAUCGUAUCUUUGGAAGAGUCAGAAAAGGCGAGCCAAGGGGACCUUGGGCAAUUGAAAAAGAUCUUGCCACUAAUAAAACGAUUUGGGCACCGGAUUAUUGGCCGAUGUGGGUUGCCGGGCCAUGUACUUUUAUGACGGGCAAUACCGGUAUCCUGAUUGCAGAGACAGCCGACAAUACGAACUGGGUAGAGUCCAUUCCUCCCGAAGACGUGUUUUUCACCGGAAUCGUUCGCCUCAAAGCCGGACUCCCAAAUCCAUACGAAGUCGAAGAUUUCAAUCCCGAGCCCACUUACUGUAUUCACUUCAAAAACGAUCUUACUAAAUUGAAGAAAAAGACGGGCUACAGCAGUCAAAAGCACAUCAAAUAUGUCCGGACAUGA